AUGGUGCUCUUCAGUGGACAGCUGAAGAUAAAGAUCUGUGAGGCCGUGGAGCUCAAACCCACGGCCUGGUCCAUGCGUCACGCCGUGGGGCCCAAACAGAGCCCCCUGCUGGACACGUACAUGGCCCUCAACGUGGACGAGUCCCGCGUGGGCCAGACCAGCACCAGGCAGAAGACCAGCAGCCCGACCUGGAACGAGGAGUUCACGGCGGAGGUGCACGGGGGGCGGAGCCUGGAGCUGGCGGUGUUUAACGACGCGCCCAUCGGAUACGACGACUUUGUGGCCAACUGCAUCAUCCAGUUCGAGGACAUCCUCCACAGCGAGAGCAGGCACUUUGAGGGCUGGAUGGAGCUGGAGCCGGAGGGCAGGGUGUACGUGGUGAUCGACCUGACGGGCUCCUCCACUGAAGAGGCCCCGGUGUCGUGUGCGGACCACGAGGAGCGGGUGUUCCGGCAGAGGGUGGGUCCCCGGAAGCGUCAGGGUGCUGUCCGUCGGAGGGUGCACCAGGUCAACGGGCACAAGUUCAUGGCCACGUACCUGAGGCAGCCCACGUACUGCUCCCACUGCAGGGACUUCAUCUGGGGUGUGCUGGGGAAGCAGGGCUACCAGUGCCAAGUUUGCACGUGUGUGGUUCACAAACGCUGUCACGAGCUCAUCAUCACAAAAUGUGCAGGAGUGAAGAACAAGGACGACAGACAACACGAGGCCGUGGGCAGUCAGAGGUUCAGUGUGAACCUCCCUCACAAGUUCAGCCUCCACAGCUUCAAAGUGCUGACCUUCUGUGACCACUGCGGCUCUCUGCUGUGGGGGCUGCUGCGCCAGGGCCUGCAGUGCAAAGUGUGUAAGGUGAACAUCCAUCGGCGCUGUGAGCAGAACAUGGCGCCCACCUGCGGGGUGGACGCCCGGGGCAUCGCCAAAGUCCUGUCCGACCUGGGAGUCACCCCCGACAAGAUCUCCAGCACCACACACAGGCGAAAGAAGCUUCCUCGUGGACGUGAGCCUCCACCUCUGACCGGGUUACCUCAGAAUACAGAAGACGAGUCACAGUCUGCUCCUACCUCUCCAUGUGAACAAGAUGUGAAGCAGCUGGAGAUCAUGAGGAAGACCAUGUCUCUGGAUCACCACACACACGCCCUGUCCCCGCCCUGUCCGGUCAUCACCAACAAACAGAAUGGACAGAACCAGAGACAGAACCAGAACAGACGCAUGGACCUGCAGGACUUUGUCUUCAUCAAAGUCCUGGGCAAAGGCAGCUUCGGUAAGGUGAUGCUGGCCGAGCGUCGGGGCACUGACCAGGUCUACGCCGUCAAAGUGCUGAAAAAAGACGUGAUCCUGCAGGACGACGACGUGGACUGCACCAUGACCGAGAAGCGCAUCCUGGCCCUGGCCCAAAGACACCCCUACCUCACCCAGCUCUACUGCUGCUUCCAGACGCCGGAGCGUCUGUUCUUCGUGAUGGAGUACGUGAACGGAGGAGACCUGAUGUUCCAGAUCCAGAGGUCCAGGAAGUUUGACGAGGCCCGUUCCAAGUUCUACUCUGCGGAAGUGACGUCUGCGCUGAUGUUCCUCCACCGCCACGGAGUCAUCUACAGAGACCUGAAGCUGGACAACAUCCUGCUGGACGCUGACGGACACUGUAAACUGGCCGACUUUGGCAUGUGCAAAGAGGGAAUCCUGAACGGAGCCACUACCACCACCUUCUGUGGGACCCCGGACUACAUCGCCCCCGAGAUCCUGCAGGAGCUGGAGUACGGGCCCUCGGUGGACUGGUGGGCGCUGGGCGUGCUCAUGUACGAGAUGAUGUGUGGACAGCCCCCGUUCGAGGCGGAGAACGAGGACGAGCUGUUCGAGUGCAUCCUCCACGACGACGUUCUGUUCCCCGCGUGGCUCAGCACCGAGGCCGUCGCUGUUCUCCGAGCGUUCAUGACGAAGAGCCCUCAGCAGCGUCUGGGCUGUGUGGAGAGCCAGGGUCUGGAGGAGGCCAUCAAAGAUCAGCCCUUCUUCUCAGAGAUCGACUGGAGCCUCCUGGAGCUCAGGAAGAUCACGCCGCCCUUUAAACCGCGAAUUAAAACCAAACGGGACGUGAACAACUUUGACCAGGACUUUACUCGAGAGGAGCCGGUUCUGACCCCAGUGGAGGAGAGCAUCAUCAAGCAGAUCAACCAAGAUGAGUUCAGAGGCUUCUCCUACUGCGGGGACGAGACGGCAGCUUGAGGAGCCCAGAGGAACCUACAGGAACCUGAGGAACCUACGAGAAUCCAAAGAACCUGAGGAACCCAAGGAACCUGAGGAACUUAUAAUAACCCAAGGAAACUACAGAAACCUGAGGAACCUACAAGAACCCGAGGAACCUACGAGAACCCAAAGAACCUGAGGACCCAAGGAACCUAUAAGAGCCUGAGGAAACUACAAGGACUCAAAGAACCUGAGGAACUUACAAAAAUUCAAAGAACCUGAGGAACCUACAAGAACCCAAAGAACCUGAGGAACCCAAGAAACCUACCAGAACCUGAGAAUCCUACAAGAACUCAAAGAACCUGAAGAACUUACAAGAACCCAAGGAACCUAAAGAAACUUGAGGAACCUGCUAGAACCUGAGGAACCCAAGGAACCUGAGGAACCUACCUGAACCAAAGGAACCCAAGGAGCAUCCUACACACAUAUAAACACAUAGCUGGACAGGUGAAAGAAUGAGAUGUUUUAUUGGGACCUCUGGAACAUUCUGCUAACUGCUGAGGAACAUUCGUAGAACUUUUUACUUGACUUCAUGAGUUUGACGGUUGUGGUUUAAAAUAAAAUACACAUUUAGCUGAUGAGAAGCUUUUAAAGACGGCGAUGUUCAGCAAAAACGUCUUUUUGGAGCUUUCUCUCGUGUUACAACGUUGUUCCCUCAUCAAAAACAUGUCUGAAGAAGUUUGAGAGUCGUCCGUGCAUGUUUGAGUCAUUUAGUGAUCUCUCCUGGGCCCUAUUUGAAAAACUAAUUAGAGUCAGCAGUACGAGCCUGAACAAAACUCCAACCACAAGCCUACGUCACCAAAACAAUACAAACACAAUAAGAAACUGUACGCUACAGCUUCACAAACCUGAUGCGAUGUGCAGUUGUUCAUUAGCGGAUUAUGUUGUGAUAGCGCUC